UCACUUUCAAUAGUCACAAGACCUCUCAGCUGAGGUUGUGUUGGUAGAAUUUUUCUGAUUUGGAAAUUUCUCUGGAUUUUAUCCCUAUUUUACAAAGUGUCCUGUUUGUUAACAAAUAGCCACCAUGGCUAACAUUCAUGACGAAAAUGUGAGCAAACUAAUACCCAAGCUGGAUGACGAUAAAAUCGAUAUGAUUGCGGCAACCAGCGUACUACAAAUUAGGGCUAGUGAAAUCCGCCAAACUCCCAUGAACUGGCAGUCUUAUCUCCAGUCGCAGAUGAUCACGCAGCACGACCAUGACUUCAUCCAGGCACUGGUGAACAAGGGGCAGAAGGACCUGCCGGACCGCCAGCCCGAGGUCUGCGCCGCCGUGUUCCUCAACCUGCUGACUCACAUCAGCAAGGAUAACACCAUCCAGUACAUACUGGUGUUGAUCGAUGACAUCCUCUCUGAGGACAAGUCCCGUGUGAAGAUCUUCCGCGACAAGGGCGGCAACUGGAAGCCGUUCCUCAACCUGCUGAACCGCCAGGACGAGUUCAUCCAGCACAUGACGGCCCGCAUCAUCGCCAAGCUCGCCUGCUGGCACCCCGUGCUCAUGGAGCGCAGCGACCUCAACUUCUACCUGUCCUGGCUCAUGGACCAGCUCAAGAUGAACGCGGAGGUAAUGACAGUGGAGCUAGCGCACGCGCAGGAGGUCAUGCUCGCUCAUGAGAAGCCGAACGCCGAGCGUCACCGGCGUCAGCUGUUCGACGACAAACACAAUCAUAAGAAGCAGCCCGAAGACCCCAACCAGAAGUACUCGAGUCUCUGCACCGAGUUCGACGAGCUAAAGCUGCAUGAACAGCUGCCCCCGGGCUCCAACAAGACGAACGACUACAUCCAGUCGGUGGCGCGCUGCCUGCAGAUGAUGCUCCGCGUGGACGAGUACCGGUUCGCCUUCCUGUCCGUGGACGGCAUCUCCACGCUGCUCAGCAUAUUGGCCUCCAGGGUCAACUUCCAGGUCCAAUACCAGCUGGUCUUCUGCCUGUGGGUGCUGACGUUCAACCCGCUGUUAGCGGAGAAGAUGAACAAGUUCAACGCCAUCCCGAUCCUAGCUGACAUCCUGAGCGACUCUGUGAAAGAGAAGGUCACCCGCAUAGUGCUGGCUGUGCUGAGGAACUUGAUUGAGAAGCCUGAGGACAAGCAGGUAUCCAAGGAGCACUGCAUCGCGAUGGUCCAGUGCAAGGUCCUCAAACAGCUGUCGAUCUUAGAGCAGAAGCGCUCGGACGAUGAGGACAUAAUGAACGACGUGGACUUCCUCAACGAGCGGCUGCAGGCGUCCGUGCAGGACCUGUCCUCCUUCGACCAGUACGCCACCGAGAUCAAGAGCGGACGCCUCGAAUGGUCCCCCGUACACAAGUCCGCGAAAUUCUGGCGCGAGAACGCGGCGCGCCUCAACGAGCGCGGGCAGGAGCUGCUGCGCACGCUGGUGCACCUGCUGGAGCGCAGCGCCGACCCCGUGGUGCUGGCCGUGGCCUGCUACGACGUGGGCGAGUACGUGCGCCACUACCCGCGCGGCAAGCACAUCAUCGAGCAGCUGGGCGGCAAGCAGCGCGUGAUGUACCUGCUGUCGCACGACGACCCCAACGUGCGCUACGAGGCGCUGCUCGCCGUGCAGAAACUCAUGGUGCACAACUGGGAGUACCUCGGCAAACAACUGGAGAAGGAUGUCGGCAAGCAGGAGGGCGGCCAGGCGAUCGGCGCCAAGGCAUAAACAACCUUAUUUACUUGUUAAUAUUAUUGUUAUUGUCUAGAAUCUACUGGCUUAAGCAUCGGUGGUCACGACCUUACUCCUCCAAUGUACAUACACAAUUUACCUCCCAAUUUUGCCCAUUGGUUUCGAAUGUUUCCAAUGUGCCCUUUUUAAAUUAUAAAAGUUUUCUCGCUUUGUCUACGUGUAUGAAACAUGCCACAAGGUUAAGUUUGCCAGUUUUUAUCUAUUUAAAUCAAUGAAUGUGAUUAGUGUAAAUAAAAUCUUUAUUAUAUUUUGUUGCUCGAUACUAUGACAUGUUAUGGUUAUAUUGGAUUUAACGAUACUGCAAUAUUACGUAAGCUCUUUGGUGUCGACACUAAAGUUCAAAACAGAGGUUUUGCUCUAUUUAAUAGCCACAUUCCUAUAAAAAGAUAUUCUAUAAUGUUGUUGAAAUUGUAAUGGCCAUAUGAAAUGAAUAAAUUAUUAUAAAAAUAUAUUUACUAAUUGAACGUAGCGAAAUUGUAGGCGAUUGAGAUUUAACAGCUACAUCAGUAUUGAAAAUAAAGUCCAUAAAUAGUGUA